GAAGAGGCGAGGGACUGCGACUGGGCGAGGAAGGGGACCGCAGUAGGCAUGGUGCUGAUGCGGAGGGUGGCAUGGGCAUGUGUCGAGGGCUUCCUGGGGCGGAAGAGAGUCUUAGGGCAAGACCGGCCACUGAUCUUGCCGAAAGAUCCAGAAGCAUUGAGCAUCUGCCAUGGACCCGACUUUUUGCCAGGUGCCCUGAUGACGGAGAAGACAGGGUCUGGGCGAUUGUCAUUCACAAAAGUUUAUUGAAGGCCGUCUGGGAAAUAGCUGUGGUUGGGGCUGGAAUCGGGGGCUCUGCCGUGACCCACUUCCUGCAGCAGCACUUCGGCCCCCGGGUGCAGAUCGAUGUGUUCGAGAAGGGGACAGUGGGUGGCCGUUUGGCCACCAUCUCGGUCAACAAGCAGCACUACGAGAGCGGGGCCGCCUCCUUCCACUCCCUAAGCCUGCACAUGCAGGAAUUCGUCAAGCACCUGGGGCUGAAACACCGGCGAGAGGUAGUGGGCAGGAGCGCCAUCUUCGGCGGGGAGAAUUUCGUGCUGGAGGAGACUGACUGGUACCUGCUGGACCUCUUCCGCCUGUGGUGGCACUACGGCAUCAGCUUCCUGAGACUGCAGAUGUGGGUGGAGGAGGUCAUGGAGAAGUUCAUGAGGAUCUACAAGUACCAGGCCCAUGGUUAUGCCUUCUCCGGCAUGGAGGAACUGCUGUACUCGCUGGGGGAGUCCAGCUUCAUCAACAUGACCCAGCGCUCUGUGGCCGAGUCCCUGCUCCAGGUGGGCGUCACGCAGCGCUUUAUCGAUGACAUCGUCUCCGCCGUCCUGCGGGCCAGCUAUGGCCAGUCGGCAGCAAUGCCCGCUUUUGCUGGUGCUAUGGCGCUAGCUGGAGCCCAAGGCACCCUGUGGUCCGUGGAGGGAGGCAACAAGCUGGUGUGUUCCGGUCUGCUAAAGCUCACCAAGGCCAGUGUCAUCCAUGCCACGGUGAUCUCUGUGACUCUGCAGCAGACAGAAGGGAAACCCUUGUACCUGGUAAAGUAUGAGAGUGAGGUAGGCAUUGGCUCCGACUUCUAUGACAUAGUGGUCAUCGCCACCCCCCUGCACCUGGACAACAGCACCAUCACCUUUGAAGGCUUCAACCCACCCAUUGACGUCAUCCAGGACUCUUACCAGCCCACUGUCAUCUCCUUGGUCCACGGCUACCUCAACUCUUCCUACUUUGGUUUCCCCGACCCUAAGCUUUUCCCCUUCGCCAACAUCCUUACCACAGAUUUCCCCACCUUCUUCUGUGCCCUGGACAAUAUCUGUCCCGUCAACAUCUCGGCCAACUUCAGGCGGAAGCAGCCUCAGGACGCAGCCGUUUGGCGAGUCCAGUCCCCCAAGCCCCUCCUUCGGUCCCAGCUGAAGACCCUCUUCCGCUCCUAUUAUUCAGUGCAGACGGCGGAGUGGCAGGCCCACCCCGUCCACGGCUCCCGCACCACCCUCCCGAAAUUUGCACUCCACGACCAACUCUUCCACGUCAAUGCCCUGGAAUGGGCGGCCAGCUCCGUGGAGGUGAUGGCUGUAGCCGCCAAGAAUGUCGCCCUACUGGCUUACAACCGCUGGUACCAGGACCUAGACAAGAUAGACCAAAAGGAUUUGAUGCACAAGGUGAAGACUGAACUGUGAGGGCUCUGGGGUGAACCUGGGACGGUCCAUCCCCUGCUGAAGGGGGAUCACCACCCCAGAGGCCAAGCCUCUGUCUGACCCCUCGUGUGUCAAGUGUCUUCUCCCAGGAUGGAUCCAGGUGGCCUGCUCUCUGCCUCUUCUAAGGAUUCUCAGAGUGGUGGUUUCUUUUUAAGGGAGGGUGUAAGAGAAGGGAAGGAAAUUCAAGCCAGUGUAUGUAUUUUAUUUAUUUUUUUAAAAGAAAUAAAAAUCCAUCUUCUCCA